CAGAAUCUUGCUCCCUCCCUAGCGACAGUAGCGCCGCUGGUGAAGAAAACAUAAACUAAAACAAAAUAUCUCCAUCUUGUGUGACAGAUUUGUGUUUGUUGAUACUUUUUCGAUUUUAUUAGGCAAAUGUGUAUAAAAACUGCUGAAAACUAUCAAAAACAUUGCAUAAACUGGUUAUUAACACAUAGUGUAAUUAAUAAAGUGGUUUCUUUAAGUUUAUAUUACAAUAAUUGUAUUGUAAUACUGGUAGUGACGAAGUACCCGUCUCCGACUAGUAUAUAGUUACUUAUUUUUGCGAUAAGCGGCGCGCGGGGCUCCGCGGCCUGUUUUAUUCGUGAGGAAGUGUUCCUAUCGUCACGGGUGACACACGUGGUGGGGGAGGGCCGAGCACGAUGCUUGCGUCGUGACGGUACCCGAGCUGAUGCCAUGCUGGAGCGGCUGCGAGUCCAGCCGCUGUCCACACAACACAACUACGUGCAACUCACUGUGCAGAAGGCUGUAAGUCUUUUGGAUAAACUGUAUGACACAUUCUUCACCAGAGCUCGUAAAGCGCAUGUCAACUACUUCAGUAAACCUUAUAUCAAGAUAGAGUUUUUGGACAAGGCAUGCAGGCCUAUUUACAAGGAGUUUGAUAAAUGGCCACGAAUAUCUCUAGAACACGAUCUGCCAAAAGAGAAUAAGGAAAAGAAAGAGAAAAAUAAAGUGGAACCACUGGAAAAGAGUGAACAAAAAAUGACAAGGAAAAGUCGGCCAAGUCGGAAAGCUGGAUACUGUGAAAUGUGUAAUACUGAUUAUGUAGAUGCAGCUCUUCAUAGACGGUCUCCACACCAUUUGGCAUUCGUUAGAGAUCAUACCAACUUCAUUGCCCUGGAUUCGCUCAUAUCUUCUGGAGCAGACGUGGCAACAUUCCUCGACAAGGCCACUCCAGUAAACGGGGAGAGGAGGUCCCUUAGAAAACUUUGUAACGGAGACGCCGAGAAGAAAAGGACAAAGCAAUCUCAAUCACCAGAUUUGAAUGGAAGUGUUAGCCCAAAACGUAACGGAUUAGAAGAGGAGAGAAAACAUAACACAAGGUGUAGCAAAAGGACGAGUGAAUCCCAACCUUCAGAAGACCGACAGUAUUAUAAAGUAGUAGGAGUUAGUACAAAACUAAGGUCGAGUGGCGGAUUUGCCAAGCAAAAGGAAUCGUCGCCCACUGUCAAUGGAACUAAGCCUAUAGUCGUUAAAUUUAGAAAAGUGCGCAGAUCUGAAUUGUCCGUUCUCAGCGACGAAGCUGAGCAGUUCAUGUUCCCUAAGAGAGCGAGUUCUACAAGUUCAUCUUCAUCAGACGAUGAUGACAAAGAUGACGCGCUACCACUGAAGCGCAAAACACCUCCUCAACCGCCACCGUCCAUUGAGAGGCAGCGUCAAGCUAGGCCUAUAGCACUAAAGGAGGAAUCGUCGGAAGAAGAUAUGUGGCCAGAAGAUAAAAGAAGAAGGAAAAGAAAAGUGCCGCCAGUAGCUAAGCGGUCGCGCAGAGUCUCCAAUAAACCGCCACUGCUCGAAGUCGCCAUCCAACCCCCUGAACCAGAGCCUAAAGUCGAGGAGGCGGAAAUUCCGCCUUCAUUGACCGAGGAGACUCCACAGCCUGAGGCUGAAAUUAGUCCCCUUCGAGAGGAGCCUAUAGAAAAAUGUAUGAAAUGGGAGGACGGCAAACUGAAAUAUACACCAGCUGUGGAGCAACUAGAAUUCGCUUUUGAGUCUGUCCCCAAAAGUGAGCCAUGGUUUGAAACAUUUAAAAGACAAGAUCAAAAUAAAGUAGUUGCAAAAAAUGUUCCUAGAUAUUUUGCAUUAUACUCCAAAUCUCCAAAGUUACCUUACGAAAUUGGCCAGUUACCACCACUGAAGCCAAACUGUUGUCCUCUUAGUGACUUAGUGAAACAACGAGAAGAGAAGCCUGGGCCGUCUCGGUCGUAUGGUACUAGGGGAAUGAAGAAGGAGAAGAUGAGAAAACGCACCGCCGCCAUUUUAGCUCUCGAGAGUCACCCUCGAAAGUCACCUAGAGAACAUGCCUCGACUCUCGCGAUACUCGGCUCGGCUGGUCUGCUGCACAGGAGACGCAACGGCGAUGAUGCGAAAUCGACGGCCUCCGAGGAUACGCUAAGUGACACGCACAGUCAUCUAAAGAUUGAACUUCCACUCCUAUCAGAAAAUCAAGAAGCAUCAGAGAGGCUGCAGCAAUUUUUAUCUGAAGUUUUUGAUGACCCCGCAGACCUCGAUGUGUGCGAUGAGCUGCUCGACAAUAACACAAAUAUCAUCGUCGGCAAAGAUGUCCCAGAUGUGUCGAGUUUAGUGUCCGAGUGUGAAGGUUGUGAUAUCAUACGUAAUGAGAUCGAUGCCACCGUUGCCAGCCAACCGAAGAGCAGAAGGGGAAAAUUCAAAAAGAAGAAUAAAACUGGGUGGCCUAACAAGAGAAAGACGAAAAAGAAUUCUAGCGCAAGCAGUACAGAAACAGAUCUUAAAACUGAAAGUACGGGCAGGUCUUCUAUUGAGCCCCCCGAUGACGAAACGACGCAAAGCUCCAUUAGCGAGGAGGACACCAUUUUAUCUGAAACUGAAAAGGAUGAGAGUACGGUUAUAGAAAAGUCAGAUAACGACUCUAGAAAUUCAACCGUAGAAACGAUGGAUGUCGACUCCGAGGGAAAAGACUCCGAAGAUCAACCCUUGAAACAUACUCUUAGAAAAUCCAAACUAGAUCUUAAGAAUAGUACAAAAGACGAUAAAACUUCAUCUCAGUCAUCAGAGGAUUCUCAGGACAAAGACGUAAAACAGAAAAAGAAAAAAGGACUAGAUAGACUGAGCGAUUGGCCCAAGGAUGAGGAGCAGUCGAGUAAGCUCACACUAAGAAAGUCAAAAGUAGAAUUAAAGGAUAGUGACAAGGAUGAUGAUAAAACAUUGUCGAAUUCCUCCGAAGAGUCUGAGGAUAAGGAGAAAUCUAGAAAGAAGAGAAAGAACUUUGAUGGAAUGGGUGGGUGGUUACAGCCUAUAGUGAGGGUAGCAAGAGUGGAUCCUAACGCUGGUCGGAGACUACGGUCGGCAGGCCGAGUGCGGGGAAGUCGUUUUAGAUAGCGUUCGGUUUGUGUUAGAAUAAGUGGAUGAAAACUUUAAAUUUAAAGACAUUUAAACUUUGAUCUUAAAAACACUUGUGUCUUCCCAUUCUAUAAUGUGGAAUCUACAAAUUGACGUACGCAAGUUUUGUAAACUUACAAUAGAAAUGUUACAUGAAUAUGUAUAUUAUAAUUGUAACUAUCACUAAUAUCAGAUUUAUUUAAAUAGUACUACCCUGUUUAUAUCACUAAACAAAAACCUACACAAAAACUUAAAAAUCAUUAGACUUUGUUCCUUGUAAGUUGUAGGAACUGACAAUUCAAAUAUUUAUUUGUAAAGCUACAUAUGAGAUACAUUUUAAUUUACUAAAGAGGACAUUUCAAUAUAUUGCUGUAAGACAUAACUUCCUACUAAGAAAUAAGUUGAUAAAGUAUUGUAUUAAAGAGAACAACAGCUUUUGAUGUCAGUAUAGAACAGUGGUCCCCAACCUUUUUUUCAUGCGGGCCACAAACAUGUCUUUGUCUUGGUGUUGCGGGCGCAACAAAAAUUUUUAGGGUUAAAAAAUAAUGUUCUUCAAAAUUAAUUAU